AUGGCAUCAGACGAAAUCAGUCGGAUCGAGCGAAAUGGUUCCACAGCAUUACACGUGGCUAGUUACAAUGGGCAUAUCGAUAUUGUUCAGUUAUUGUUAGCCCACGGAGCAGAUCAAACAAUCAAAAAUAAGUACCAAUGUACACCAUCGGAUGAAGCAGCAACAGAUGAAAUAAAACAGUUGUUUAACUGUUCAACCCGUAAGGAUUUUGCUGCUGAAGAAAAUAAGUUCAUAGAAUCGGAAUCCAUCAAAUGGAUCGAAAUUGGUCAAGGUGUUACUCACAUUGCCAAGGAGAAUCAUAAUCAUUUGAAAAAAUUGUUAAAAAAGAAGUCACUACAAUCGCUGAUUAACACUAUCGAAAACUACGUUAACAAAUUGGAUCUCCCAGAAGAUGAGUAUAAUAGAAUUAAAUUAUUGAUGGAUCGCGCACUUUGUGAGGACUAUCCGGUACCGCUGAUGAGUAUGUAUUGCGCAGAAACAUCAUUCUAUAGAAACUUAAAUAUCGAUUUAGCAAGGUAUGGGAGAGUUCAUACAAAGGAAAAUACCAUAUCAGGUGCUUAUGCGUUUACUGCUAUAAUUGCUCAUCAUCCGAAAUUAAAGCAAUAUUCCUACACGGGCUUAACAUUUCGUGGUUGCCGUUUGCGAGAGAAUGACGCAGCAGUAUAUGUCGUUGAUACACUGAUUAUGAAUUGUAGUUUUCUCUCGACAUCAUCAGACCGCGCCGUAGCAGCCCAUUUUUCAGUCAUGGCGGGAAGUUCGGAUAUGUACCUUCCGACUAUUGUAAUCUACAAUAUCAAACACGCUGAUACUGCUAUUUAUUUGCAUACCUUAAGCGAAUAUCCUGAGGAAAGAGAAGUAUUGAUCCCUCCAUUUACUGUAUUCAAGGUAACAAAAGUCAAUAGAAGUGUGAACGAAGCUGAAAUAUAUUUGGAUAUGUGUAAAAGACAAUAA